CAGUGGAUACUUGUUUCUCCUAAGCUCAUGAGCAAGAGAAAUAUGUACACCAAUUUUCAUUACUGUGUGGGAAAGAAAGGAGAGGGGUAAGACUGAGGAAUGGUUUUCUGUGGUCUCGUAUUGUGUGUGGUCUGAAGACAACGCCCAUAGGAACACAUGGAUUUGCUGUAGCAGAAGAGGAGGUACGGGGCGCCCUAGGCGUUUCGUGGCAGGUUCAGGAGACGUGGCCCAGGAGCCCGUGAUGCACAUUCAGGAUGAGGUCCUGGCUGGUGGGGCGGGCUGCGCACCCCACCUGACUCAGGCACUGGGCCAUUGUGACGUGUCACAGAAGGUGAUGCAACAGAAUGGCCCGCAGCAUCUCAAGAUGUGUUCACUCUCAGUUUCCCCCUCGAAGGAGAAACACCUGAGAAGUAAGAAGACAAGGAACCCAACCCAACCUAAACUCACUCUCACAGCGUCAUGGUUUCUAGAAAGUAGCAAAGAGAAAAGGAACGGUAUUCUUCCUUCUACCAGCAAGUUUUUACUCAGCAGGGGAAAUGAGUGGCAGACCGAAGUUGAGAAGGGGUGCGAGGUUUUUCAGGGGUCGUUCUGAAGAAGCCAGCAGCAGCUCCAGCAGGAGUGCUGAGCUCUCAGAGCAGGAAAACCCUGAUUCCAACGGGUUGACUCGGUCACGGAAGCUUGUCAUGAGUAUGGUGUUUAUAUUGACUUUUCUUCUUCUGGGAUUUAGAAAUCACGUGAGGCUUAAAGAAAAAGAGUUUCCUCAGAAAUCCAGACAAUUUUUUGCAGUAAUUGCAGAAUAUGGUUCAAGGCUUUAUAAUUAUCAGGCCAGGCUUCGAAUGCCCAAAGAGCAACUGGAACUUUUAAAGAAGGAAAGCCAGAUUCUGGAAAACAACUUCCGGGAAAUUCUAUUUUUAAUGGAACAAAUAGAUGUUCUAAAGGCAUUGCUUAGAGAUACGCAGGCUGGUCUGCACAAUUACAGCUGGAACACCGAUGGAGACCCCACUGGAGUCCAGGACCACCCCGAGGUCAUCGACGAGGAAAUGUCACACUUGGUAAAUUACAUCCUUAAAAAGUUGAGAGAAGACCAAGUCCAGAUGGCUGAUUAUGCCCUUAAGUCAGCAGGAGCCUCUGUCAUUGAAGCUGGGACCUCAGAGAGCUACAAAAAUAAUAAAGCAAAACUGUACUGGCAUGGGAUUGGGUUCUUGAAUUAUGAAAUGCCUCCAGAUAUUAUUCUUCAGCCGGACGUCCAUCCUGGGAAGUGCUGGGCCUUUCCAGGUUCCCAGGGUCAUGCCCUGAUCAAACUUGCCAGGACGAUCAUACCCACCGCUGUUACCAUGGAGCACAUCUCAGAGAAGGUCCCCUCAGGAAACAUCUCCAGUGCACCCAAGGAAUUUUCUGUCUAUGGCAUCUCAAAACAAUGUGAAGGAGAAGAAAUUUUUCUAGGCCAGUUUAUAUACAACAAAACAGGAACUACCGUUCAAACAUUUACGCUCCAGCAUGAAGUUUCUGAAUUCUUAUUAUGUGUGAAACUUAAAAUCCUCAGCAACUGGGGACACCCCAAGUACUCUUGUUUAUAUAGAUUCAGAGUUCAUGGCACCCCAAGAGAUGACACCUAGAAGAACUGGUGCCCGAGGGCCAAAAUAGUCAAGUAUUUGGAUUCCCUUAGGUUAUACCGCAGCCUUAGGAAUAAAAAAACACCAGGACUGGGAGAGAAACUCAAAGCGGUUCCUACCUGCCAGUAAAAAGUGCAUGAAUUUUACUAAUAAAAACAUGAAACUAAAUUAAAUCUCUCUGUGUUAGUUUAGCGUCUGAGAAGGAAUCAUGUUUCUGAAGCACUGAAGAAUGAAUUUGCAC